ACCUGCUCCCUAUUUGUACCCUUGUUCAGCACUGCACAAUGGCACCAAAGUUGAAGAACUCUCUGGAUAACCACUGAUUGCAAUCUAACAAAUGCCAAGGAGUGCCCACAAGACCAGAUGAUAGCAUACUGAGGGAACACAUGCAGUUAAAUAAUUUAGGAAAAGUGAUUCUGCAUCCUAAACAAGUAAAGUAUCCUUGUUGAUUAAUAUGUUGCAUUUUAAUUAAUUGACUAAAUUUGCAUCACAUCAAAUGUGCAAAUGUAUUAAGAUACUGAUAUAAGUUUUAAAAAACAAAACACUGUUGUAGUGAUUGGUUUUCAUAUUUGUUGCAAUGCAAAUAUUAUAAGUGUGGGAAAUAAGUACACCUAAUUUGCAGGGAAGAUGCAAAUUCCCAUGACAAGGUCCUAGAAUUUUGCUCAACAGCAGUCUUGACAGCAGUAUUUGUUUUAAUGCAUCAAUAUGUCUUAAGUCUGAUUGUUUGUAUCAGCCCUGAAACUAGUGCCCAGUCAUGUUUUAUGGAUGCAUUAUAAAUUUAGUCAAGUGCUGCUUUUGCUUUCAAAGAUUGUAGUACGGUAGCUUGGGCUGACUGCCAGCAAGAAGUUUUCUAUUGGGUAGCUAUGUUAAUCUGUACUAGCACAAAACUUUUGAGUCCAGUAGCAUCUUGAAAGACGAUUUUUUUCCCAGUGUAUAAGCUUGUAGUUACAAAAGCCUGUGCUCUGGAAAAGUAUCUGUCUUUGAGGUAAUUUAAAGUGAUGAUUAUAACUGUCCUGAUGGAAAUACGAGGAAAGCACAGUCUUAUUUUCCAAAAUUGUCAGAUGACAGAAUGGGGCUACAGCAAGGUCAAGAGGACAUUUUAAUAAACGGAUAAACUUGGAUAGCACCCCCACGAAGUGCACGAAGCAGUGACGUGAGGGUAAGGAUAUACUUUUAAAACGUUAAAUCAAAAAGUAAAAUCAAGAUAGGUUCACUUAUUGCUUCAACUUCUAAAUAAAACGGUUUAUUUCAAAUAUCUAUAGGCCAUAUGUUGUUUAAAAUAUUUCCACACCAACUUUCCCCUGAAAAUGGGUCUGGGGUAGCUUAUAAGGCAUAAAUCACUGUAAAACAGCGACGUGUUCUCUGAGUACUGACACAACACAGAACAGCGAAGUGUCGCUUUGUUGAGUGGUUAUGUACAAAACCUACCCACCUGGAUGCCUAAUCUCUGCAACCUGAGCUUCAAUACAUUAAAUUCUGUGAUACGGUAAAAUAACAAAAGUUUUAAAAAGUGAAAGGGCCACAAAACUUUGCAGCUCCCGUGUGGAAGAGUCUAGCAGAGAGAAACGUCCUUUCCCCCCAUCCUCUUUCCUCAGCGAUGAGGGGGGAGGAGGGACGCCGAGAGUUCCCUCCCUGCCCGCUGAGGCAGUUUUGGCGCGCUUCGGCGCAAAGGAUUGUGGGUACCGCCAGUCUGGUAGUAGUAGCUGUGGGGGGGAAAUCCAUCAUGUCGGGAGAAGAAGAAGAUCCCGCGGAGGAUCGCGGAGCCGUCGAGUGCCCCGUGCGGGCUGCGAUCGACUGUCUCUGUCAGGACCUCAACUUGGACACCCGCAGCGCCGCCGAGGCCCUGCGAGACUUCACCGCGCUGCGGGGCACCUACAGUCUGGAGGGGGAAACUAUACAUUGGCUGGCAUGUGCUGUGUAUGUUGCUUGCCGUAAGAGUAUAAUCCCUACUGUAGGAAGUGGCCUAAUGGAAGGAAAUUGUGUCUCAUUGACAAGGAUAUUGCGUUCAGCAAAGCUAAGUUUGAUUCAGUUUUUUAGUAAAAUGAAAAAAUGGAUGGACAUGUCAAACCUGUCUCAGGAGUUUCGAGUCAGAGUGGAGAGACUGGAGAGAAACUUUGAGGUGUCCACAGUUAUUUUCAAGAAAUUCAAACCAAUUUUUUUGGAUAUAUUUCAAAAUCCUUACGAAGAACAACCAAAGCUGCAGAGAAGCAGGAAACAAAGACGAGUACCUUGUAGCAUUAAAGAUCUAUUCAACUUCUGCUGGACGCUGUUCGUUUACACAAAGGGUAAUUUCAGUAUGAUUGGAGAUGAUUUAGUGAACUCUUACCACUUACUUCUGAGCUGCUUGGAUCUAAUUUUUGCAAAUGUGCUUCGGUGCCCAAAUAAAAAAGAGUUAUUGAAUUCAUCUUUUAAAGGUUUGCCAGAAAACCUCCACACAGCUGACUUCAGGGCCUCUGAAGACCCUCCAUGCAUUAUUGCCACACUCUGUGAAUUACAUGAUGGUCUUUUAGUUGAAGCCAAGAGCAUCAAGGAACAUUAUUUUAAACCAUAUAUCUCAAAGCUCUUUGAUAAAAAGAUUUUAAAAGGUGAUUGUCUCUUGGAUCUUAACAACUUCGUAGAUAACAACAAAACACUGAAUAAGGAAUAUGAAGAAUAUGUUCUGACAGUAGGUGAUUUUGAUGAGAGGGUUUUCUUGGGAGCAGAUGCAGAAGAAGAAAUUGGAACUCCUCAAAAGUUUCAUUCUGAUGUGUCAGGGGGAAUGAUAACAAGAGUUAAUGUGGAGUGUCACUUUCAGCAACAUUUUGAGAAGCAAAGCUCUUUUGCGCCUUCCACUCCUUUGACUGGCAGAAGAUACUUGAGAGAGAAGGAAGCGGUAAUUACUCCAGUUGCUUCUGCAACACAAAGUGUAAGCCGGCUACAAAGCAUUGUAGCAGGGCUGAAAAAUGCACCAAGCGAACAGCUUCUGGCUACUUUUGAAUACUGUGUACGCAACCCAGUGGAAAGCAUCGCAAACAGAGUAAAAGAAAUCAGAGAAGCUUUCUGUCAGAGCUACACUCAGUCAACUGAUGACCAGCCAGGAUCUCACAUAGAUUUUGCUAUAAACCGAUUCAAAUUGGCAGAAAUUCUAUAUUAUAAAAUUUUGGAGACCAUAAUGAUACAGGAAACACGAAGGCUGCAUGGGAAAGACAUGACUGCUCUUUUAGAGCAAGAUAUUUUUCAUCGUUCUCUGCUGGCGUGUUGUUUGGAGAUUGUGCUGUUUGCAUAUAGUUCACCGCGAACUUUCCCAUGGAUCAUUGAAGUUCUUAACCUCAGACCAUUCUAUUUUUAUAAGGUGAUUGAAGUCUUCAUUCGGUCAGAAGAAGAAGGCCUCUCUAGAGAUAUGGUGAAACAUCUCAACAGCAUUGAGGAACAGAUUCUUGAAAGCUUAGCCUGGACAAAAGAUUCUGCUCUGUGGGAUGCUCUCAAAUCAUCAGAAAACAAGGUUCCCACCUGUGAAGAAGUAACUUUCCCAUGCAAUUUUGAAACAGGGAACGGAGGAAGAGGACUAGGACAUCUGCCUGUGAUGCCAGUAUCACCUAUCAUGCAUCCUCGAGUAAAGGUGCUCCCAUGAUCUCAAAGGAAUACACAGCCAUUUUCUCCAAUCUCUGUUCAUGAACGCUACAGUUCUCCUGUGGCAGGAAGUGCUAAGAGAAGGUUGUUUGGAGAUGAAGGCCCCAAAGAAACACCCACAGAAAAGAAUCUGAAGGAAGGAAGUAGGCUAAAAAUGGCCUCAGUGUCAAGCUUUGCUGAUGAAAAUGUGUCUGUUUUGCCGGAACAGACAGUUCUCACUAUGGCAACAUCUGCAGUAGCGGGGGCAACAGGACAGACCAUGACAAUCCCACUUCAUGGUAUUGCAAAUAAAACUGGAGAGAUCACUUUGAUACCCAUCUCAGUCAGUUUGCCUCAAGAGUCCAAAAGGGAUGGCCAUGGACAGUUACCACUCACUGCUCAAGCCUUAGUCAAUGUGUCCCCAGAUCAUCCCCAUGUGACACAGGCACAAGAUGUGGAUCAACCAGCAGGAAACAAGCCAAAGAAAACUGGAUCCAUGGCACUAUUUUUCAGAAAGGUAUAUCAUCUGGCAAGUGUGCGCUUGCGGGAUUUAUGCUUAAAACUGGAUAUUUCCAAUGAUUUGCGGAGGAAAAUGUGGACAUGUUUUGAAUUCACGUUAGUUCAUUGCACAGAUUUAAUGAGAGAGAGACACUUGGAUCAGCUCCUUCUCUGUGCUUUUUUCAUCAUGGCGAAAGUGUCCAAUGAGCAAAGAUCUUUUCAGGACAUAAUUGAAAACUAUAGAAACCAGCCACAAGCAAACAGCCAUGUUUACAGAAGUGUUUUGUUGAGAAAAGCACCCAUAAAGGUAGAUAUAAAAGAUGAAGAGGUUUCAGAAGAAGAUUCCCCUCAGAAGAUGAACUAUUCACCUGUAAAGACAACACCAGAAAAUUCCAAAACGUUGGAAAAUGAGGAAAGAGUGCAUCUGGUAGUAUUUUACAACAAAAUCUAUGUAAAAAGGGUGCAAACAUUUGCAUUAAAAUAUGAUCUUUCCAACCAGGAUCAAGUGGUGGAAGCACCUCCUCUUUCUCCCUUUCCCAGCAUUAAACAGCAGCCAGUGUCUCCUCGACGGAUAUCCCAGCAACACUCUGUUUAUGUUUCACCUCAUAAGAAUAGUUCUUCUUUGACACCUAAGACUGGACUGUUGUAUAAAUUUAAUGGGAGUCCUUCUAAGAGUUUGAAGGAAAUCAACAAUAUGAUAAAAGAAGGAGGACAGAAAACUAAGAAGAGAACAAUAUCAAUUGAUAGUGAUACAGACUCACCAGCUAAGAGACUGUGCCAGGAAAAUGAUGAUGUUUUGCUUAAACGUCUUCAGGACGUUGUCAGUGAAAGAGCAAAUCAUUAGAGCAGCUAUUGAGAACAACUUUUGUAAAGAUUCAUUUCUUAGAGAACAAAAUUACUCCCUGUUUUUUCUUUCCCCCAUGAUAGGUAAACACCAGUCUUUACAGUAAUGAUUUUAUGCUUUCUUUUAAUAUUUCUAAUUCCACUAUCAGGGUUUCUUUCAACAGUUAUUUAACUGAUGCCAUACAGCUGAUAAUGUUUACAGCAUUAUUCUGAAGUUGGGUUGAACUUAAGCUGUGAGAAGGUACACAGUUGAAAAUAAGCAAAUAGCCUUUGAAGCUGGUAAUUAGAGUGUAGGAGCCAAUUCCUACAAAGAGUCUGAAAGUUCAGGCUACAACAGUUCAAUGUUAAGAAAGCACUAAUCAGUUAUACCUUAGUACAAUUGUUCUCUUGGUGUGAGGUUCACUUUAAAAUAUGGGGCUUUAUUCUUUAAAAUAAAAUGAUUUCCUUCUGUACAUUAUUUUAAUGUGAAAUAAGAUUGGAAGAUCUGGUAUAUUUAGUCAUGAAUAUAUAUACCUAGUUUAGUGUGGACUCAGAUCACCUUUUAAUUAGAUAUUUGCAUAGCAUUUUAAUUUAAACUAAAAUGCUGUACUCUGAACCACUGGUAGCAUGGCAACAAAGUCUGUGGUAUAAACUAAAUGAGAUACAGGAUUAUAGUUUUUGGGAUUGGUUGUGGGUUUUUUUUUCCAUUUUGGAAGAGAUUAAUAUUGUAGAAGUAAAAGUGGUAUGCAGUGGCCUGUCAUAGCCUAUAUCGGGGGAAUUUGCUUUUUCUUGCUACCUCAUUUUGAAAUUGCUUUCCUCCAUAAGUAAGUAGUCCUGCUUUAGGACAGAAGCUUUCCUUGUAACUCCAAGCUAAUUCUGCUACAGCACUACAGAUGUCUAUGGACUAUAUGUUAAUUGUGUAAAGUAUGUCACUUAUAACUUGUGCACCUUUUAUGAAUUUGUUAAUGUUAUGGCUAAUACUUGGAACCUAGAUGCACACUGCAGCUGCUCUUGUGGGAAGAAGCCAGCUCUCCUUAGCACCUCAGGCGUGUGUCUCCUACCCCCCACCCCCCACAGGCAGAGGAGACUGGGUUGAAGGAUCAAACUCCUUUUCUUGUUCUCUGAAGGAGGAAUGGCACCUUGCCUGGAGGCAACAGCCAAGUUAUUGCCUGCUACAUCCUUUUCAGCAAAAAUAAUUAAGUAGAACUUCAUUCACCACAUGCUUGACCAUCUUUGUUUCAGAAUGCUCCAUUCUAUCCAGUUCUGUUAGGUAAGCACUGGGACUCAAGUGGAGCAAUCUGAAACAAAGACUGUCCAGCACAUGUCAGAUGAAGUUCUACUUAGUUCUUUUUUGUUGAAAAGGGUUAGUUAGGGUUUUUAAGGGGCUAGUUAGGGGUUUUUUUAAAGUGUUACUUAAAUCUUCUGUUGUUUAGUGGAGGGUGUAGCAGGGGUGAUUUGACUGCUAUAACUGCUGUUUCCCUGAUAAAGGCUGGAAGAGGAGUGUGGUUGCUAUCAAGAUAAGGAAAUGACUUCCUGCUUCAGUAUCCUAAGGCUUUUUCUCAUUUCUUUUUUCCUGGAUAAGCAGGGGAAAUUGAGGAAUGACCCACCAAUUCUCUCUUAUGUGCAUUGUAAAGGGUAUCCAGAAUCCCACAUUCCUUUUGAUAGAUUUUUUCCUAAAAAGCAUCUUAUCGUUUGUGUAGUAUCUACACAGAAUGUAAGCCUUAUCAAAUUAGAUAAGCCUGUACAUAACAGUAUGUAGCUAUUACAGGGAUUUGACCUGUUUUCUUUCAUUGGCAACGGGUAUCAAGGCUAAUGUUUAACUCUUAUUUUUGAAAUGUUUGUAAAAUAGGAAUAUUUUAUCCUGAAAGUUUAAUCAUUUGUGCAUAGGACCAUUUUCUCUUAUUUUGAACACUAGGUGUAUUCAAAAUAAAUGCCAUCAGAUCAUUUUGUAUUUUGAAUUACUUUUUCAUGUGGCUGUAUGUAACUGUCUAGAUCCUACCAUUUCUUUCCACUGGCACAGGAGUGUUUCUCUGUCUUAAGAGGCUGCCUGCAAAUGCCAGCUCUUCUCCUUGCACCACAAAGUCUUGCAUCACCACAGCAAGGGAACAAAAUGGUAGGAUGAUGUUUAUCCAACUUCCUUCUAUAAGCAUCCAUUCAGCCGUAAUUUCUUUUUAACUUGACUCAAUAUUCCAAUAGUUGAUUUAAUUAGUAGUCUAACACAUUGCAGUGUAAUUAUUAGAGCUGGGGCUUCCAGGAAAAUGAAGCUUAGAAAACAGUUGGUGCUGCACAAUAAAGCAUAAGUACAUUUGUGCUUCAUUAAUGUAUUGAUUUUCCUCUCAUAGGUAAUAUCUCAGGUUCUAAAUAUAUUCAGUUUCUGUAGAAUAUAAUAAUCUUUGAAAACGACUUUGAAAAACAUGUAUUUUGUUUUUGGAAGUAUGUAUGUAUUUUGUUUUUGGAAGUAUCCUGACAAUAAUAGACUUGUUACAUUACAGAGUGUAAAAAAACAUAUACUAAGGUGUUACAUUAUACAGUGUAACAAAACAUACACCAAACAAUGUAGUUUCUGCUAUAAAUCUGGUUAUUCUACAUAUGUUUUUCUUUAAUCAGUUGAAUGUAAUUACUCAUGUAAAUUUAUCUGCCAUAUACAGAUGUGUUAUUCUCAGAUCUUGUAUUAAAAGGCUGGGGUUUGAAUUCUUAUUAAUCAUGAUUUAAUACUUUCUUGCAAUUACAUGUUUACUUCGGGACUAAAUUCAACCUAGAGAAAGCUAGUGAAGCUACAGUUGUGCUUUCUAGAAUUUUUUUUAAUAUAAAACUUUAUGCUUUGGAAACAUUCUUGUAAAUAUAAAUCUUAAAAUAAAAUUUUGACUUAAUCUGA